UUGAAUUUGAAUCUACCGGAUUCUCUCUUCUGCCAAAAUAGACACGUGACUCGAAAUAAUCAACAUCCGGUUUAGUAGGCACACAUGUUUUUCAAGAUUUGUUGAAGAAUAAGCCAUAUAGCAAAUACAUCUUCAAUAGAUAUGGCUUUAUUCAAUGUUAAGAGGUAUGAAUUUGAUGGAGAUGAUCUGUCACAUCCUAAACCAAACCCAACACCUUUGGAUAUCAUACAACAAUUGAAUUUAGUCGCCAAGAGGAAAAGUUUGGAAAGAGUGAAAGAUAUUAAAACAGACAACAAAAAAUACAAUAAGAAUGAACAGUCUGAGGAAGGUCAACAUGACAUUGAAGAAACUCACGAUUUUGAUGAACCUUCUUCUGUUGAAUCAUCUGCUAAAAAGAGGAGAAAACAUAAGCACAAGCAAACAAAUGAUAUAUUGGAUGCUAAUGAGGCUUCAGUUAAUGAUGAAAAAGAAGAAAUAUCCGAUGUAUUACCUAAAAAGCUUAAAAAGGCAAAAGACAGAAAAGAAUCUGUUGGUGAUGAUGAUAAUAUGACUGAUGUAUCUAAACCUGUGAAUGUUAAAAAUAAAAUUGAACCAAACAGAGCUGAAGACAUUCAAAAAUCAUUGGAAAAUAAUACUCCAGAUAAUUUUGUUGAAAAUAUACAAAAAUCAAAAAAGAAAAAGAAGUCUAAAAAAUUAAGCAAAGAAACAAAAACGAUACAAGAUAAUUUGGUUAAUGAUUUUUCUGAAACAAGCCUGUCAGAAAAAGAUUCUGAGUUAGACAGCGGUUCUUUAAAAACGGAUAAAGACAUUUUAGAUAUACCUAAAAAAACUAACAUUACAAAUAUGGAUAUUGACAGUAUUGAUACAGCUACAGGUGAUACUGAACAUGAGGAACAUGAAAAAGCUGUCACUGAAGCAGAGAUCGAUGAGGCUGUUAAUAAUGAGUCAUUUCCAGUUAUUGGUGAAUUCAAAAGAAAAAAAAUUCAAAAGGUUGAUCGUCACUUACCUGAUUGGCUGUCACAACCCUCAGUUGUCAAUGCCGACCUGGCUACUAAGGGAGACUUAUCUUUGAUCAAGGGACUUGAUGAGGAUAUCAGGCAGAAACUAAAGGAGAAUGGAAUUUCUUACUUCUUCCCAGUACAAGCACAGAUCAUCCCUGUUCUGUUAGGCCAAGCUGCUGGAGGUUUCAUGCUAGGGAAUGCUGGGUACAGACCUCCUGAUAUAUGCUGCUCAGCUCCUACUGGAAGUGGGAAAACACUAGCAUUUGUAUUACCCAUAGUGCAGUCCUUAAAAGCCCGUGUGGUGUGCCGUGUCCGUGCAUUGAUUGUUCUGCCAGUACAAGACCUGGCAAAGCAGGUUUACAAAGUCUUCCUACAGUAUACCCUAAAUACAAAGCUAAAGGUAUCAUUGAUGACUGGUCAGAAGCAGUUCCAUCAAGAACAGAACCAGCUGGUUAAUACAAGGAGAGAUGGUGUAACUGAGAGUCUAGUUGACAUUAUAGUGGCAACACCUGGUCGUCUUGUGGACCACAUUAACAACACUAAAGGCUUUGAACUGCAGCAUCUAAGGUUUUUGGUGAUAGACGAGGCAGACAGAGUUACAGAGAUGAUUAAACAAGACUGGCUGAGUCAGGUGGAGAAUGCCGCCAAUACAUCAAUUGUGAAGCCUCUAACGGCUGCCUCAGCUUAUCAUACACAUAUACCUUUUCAGAAGCUGUUGUUCUCAGCGACAUUGUCUCAGAACCCAGAGAAACUGGAACAAUUGAAACUGUUUCAACCCAAGUUGUUCACCAGUACAUCAAGGGGAAGACCAGUAAAGAAACAUGCAGCCACUCAGCUGGAGAAUAAGUCGCAUGAUGAACAGGAAGCUGACUCAAUUACUACUGGGGAAUUUGCUGGGAAAUAUACAACUCCAGCAGGUCUUAAGGAGUAUUUUAUCCAGAUCUCCCCCAGUGAGAAGCCUCUAGCCCUGAUGCACUAUCUCUAUGAACUACACUUGAAACGUGUGCUGUGCUUCACUAACACUGUGGAUUCAACUAAUAGGCUAUACCACCUGUUGCAGACAGUGGGAGGGUUGGAAGUGAGGGAGUUCUCAAGCAAGCUGAAUGCCCAUAUGAGAGAAAGAUUACUAAAGCAGUUCAGUUUAGGCAAAAUAGAUAUAUUGAUUUGUUCCGAUGCUAUGGCCCGAGGGAUGGAUAUAGAGGGAGUACAGUAUGUGAUAUCCUAUGAUUAUACACCCUACAUAAAGACAUAUAUACACCGUGUGGGACGUACAGCUAGGGCAGGAAAGCCUGGCACUGCCUUCACAUUUCUAGAGAAGAAAGAGAUCUUCCACUUCAAGAAGAUGAUUCAGGAGGCUGGUAAGCCAGGAGUGGAGGAGGUGAAGAUGCCAAACUCCAAGUUGAAGCCCUGGGUAGCAACCAUGCAGGAAGCACUCAAGAAGCUGCCAGACCUGCUUAAGGCGGAGAAAAGAAAAAGAUGACUUUACUAAAAUACAACAAGGAUGAUGUAAUACAAAUAGACUAAACCAGUAGAUUAUGGAUACUGGUAUAUUUGUAGAAGCUUGAUUUUAAAAGCAGAUAUAUAUUGACUGUUUUCUUAAUCCAAUCUUCAAGACUGACUGACCUAUCUGAAGUCUACUUGAGUCUUAAAGCUUCGCGAAUGCAACUUUCGUCUGUCGGCUACAGGAUUAACCUAACUGUUUUAUGGGCAACUCAUUUAAAUAUGAAUAGUACCUGCCACUAUUCCAUUCAUAUAAAAACAUGAAAAACGAGUUGGACGGUCGAAAGUGG